GAUAAAGGCAGCCCAGCCAGCCACGAACUCCUAUCCAUCCCUGCGUGCCUCGCCUGCCAUGUCCACCCCCGGUGUGCUGCUCACCUGGGCUCUCCUCGCUCUUCUCGGACUCGGACUCGGAGUGCCUGGAGAAGCCCCCUUAAACUCCUGCUGCCCCAUCGUGCCCCGGAGAGAGUGGAGGGCCCCGGUGUCCAGAUGCACCGAGAAGCUACAACUGCCGGUGCGCAACGUGGUGGUGUCGCAUACAGCUGGCAGCCACUGCAACAGCCCGGCCUUGUGCCUGAUGCAGGUGCAGAACGUGCACAGCUACCACACGAAGUCACUCAACUGGUGUGAUGUAGGCUACAACUUCCUGAUUGGAGAAGAUGGGCUCGUGUAUGAGGGCCGGGGCUGGGACACCAAGGGUGACCACACAGGUGUCAACUGGAACCCCAUCUCCAUUGGCAUCUCCUUCAUGGGUAACUAUAUGGAGCGAUCCCCCCCACCCCGGGCCCUCAGGGCGGCCCAGAGUCUGCUGGCUUGUGGUGUGGCUCAGGGAAAACUGAACCCCAGAUACCAGCUCAGAGGACACCGGGAUGUGCAGCAGACACUCUCUCCAGGCGACCGACUCUAUGAAAUCAUCCAGACGUGGCCACACUACGUCGACUGAGACCCUGCCUAUCUCCUCCACACCCAGAAACCCCCACCACCACCACCCCUCCAAUAAAGGUGCAGCUCAAACUGUG